AUGUCCGAUAAUAAAGGAACCAAGCUUGUGGAGGAUUAUAGUAGACAUGACGAGUGUUUCGAAGAUCCUCCGCCUGCAUACUCAUCAGCGCGCAAUUCGUGUGUUUCCUCCGAAAUCUCGCUGUUCACGAUUGAGCCGGACUUUGCUCCCGAAUUCACGAACGAUUCUCGCGACUUAGAAAACUACUGUGCUGCUGCUGAAGAUGAGAAAUUUAGUCUCAACCCAGACCUUGCAGCACGGACAUCUGCUUUCAUUCAAGCCUUUAUGCGACCAAAAGCGCAGGCACGAUUAGUGAGCGUGGGCUUAGACGAAAAGGCGCCUCGACAUACUGGCCAGAUUACCCAGACACGGGAGAACGUCACGCCUCCACCUUUGGACAUCGUGCUGAUGGUUGUCUACAAUCCCUUCCUCCCACCUCCCAGGUUCUAUCGCCCACAAUAA